GGCCGCUAGAGCCCGACGUCGGUACGCGUACCUUUUAUCGUGUGUUUCGCGAGUGACUCGUACUUACGUGCGAUCUUUGAAAAUCUCCUGGGUGAGAUAUUUUGUAGAUAAUACGAGAAAUUAAAUCUCCUGCACUCAUAAGAUUCUUCUUUUCUGGUCACUGGAAAAUUAUCGCUUGAAGGUUUAACCAAGCCGCAGCCAUUGCUGACGCUGCAAUACCAGAAAUUAAGGGCAUAAUGAAGAUGAGUAAGGUGGGUAACCAGACCAACUCGCAGGACCCUCAAGCUGUCAAUUCCAGAGUGUUUGUGGGGAACCUCAACACCUUCCAAUGCAGCAAGACGGACGUGGAGAGGAUGUUCCAGAGAUAUGGACGCCUUGCUGGGAUUUCCAUGCACAAGGGAUACGCCUUUGUACAAUUCACCAACCCCUUUGACGCCCGCAGUGCCUGUCUGGGGGAGGACGGACGAACCGUGCUGGGACAGACCUUAGAUGUCAACAUGGUUGCAGAACCAAAACCACACCAAACCGGCAGAAAGAGACAAAACGUCGCAAAAACUGGAAAUGACUGGGAUUAUUACUACGACAGUUACUACGCCUCCGCGCAGUUCCUAGCGCCUAGACUGGUGCCGCCCCUGAAGCGUCCUCGUCUGAUGGGUGCAACCCCCGUGAGGGCGGCAGCGAAGGCGGCGGGGGCGGCACAGCACAAGCAGUCCAGCCCGCCGCCCCCGACCCCUCUACCUCUCGGCCAACUCAAGGUGUACAGCAACCCUGACAUCCUGAUCUGCGGCAACUGCAGAGAGAUGUUCACAGAGCUGCAAGAGUUGGUAGAACACAAGAAGACAUACUGCAAACUGCGGUUCACCUGCAAAUGUACCACCACCAACGGAGCGUAUGCCAAGUCACCGGGCCACGACACCGCAGCGCUGCUCUGUGUGCAAUGCAAGGACUCCUUCCUGAGCGCCUGGGACCUGAUGGAACAUGUCCAGGCGGCGCACAUGCUCAACAUCUACGAGCUAGGGUCCUCCAAGAGUUCCAGACUGUCGCCCACCCUGGAGACUACACCACCUGUCUCACCCAACGGCAAGGAGGACGACAAGUCAGUUGGGGACCAGGAUGAGGUGAUGACGUCACCCGUAGAUAUGGAGGAUGAGCUUCUAGAAGUAGAGUCCACCGCGCAGGCCUGUAUCAUGCACGCCCUGCGUAUUGACUCUACCUCAUCCAUGAUGGAAGGAGAUCACAUCAUGAAACCCUUGAUCAAUGGGGAACUCAAGGCCCAAGAGUGAGCCGAGACUCAUUUAGUCCUUCAUCCAGUAUUAUACCCAAUGUUUCUCCAGUUUUGUAUAGA